GCGCAGUGGGAUGAGCUGCAUCGAAUAUGGUUCCUUCGUCAUCCUUCGGGUGAGUUGUGUUACGGAUUAGUACAAUGGCGACGAUGUUAGCUUCUGGCUUGAAGUCUUGUCCACUGAUCUCACAAGAAUUGUCACAUGUUGCGUCAGGAUUCUGCACAGGAAGCUCGAGCUCUCUAUCGUCGUUUUCGGGUUCAUUGCUAGCUAACAGCAGAUCAAGCAGCUUAUCACAGCAGUCUCGGUUGAGGGUUUCUGCUGAAGCUAAGGGUUUUGGAAAGGUUGUUCAGAAGACUAAGAAGAGCUUUGGGAAACCCGAGAAGGGAUCUGGAGAUGCGGCGACAAAUGUGUGUCCAUGCGGAGGAGGAGAAGAAUCUAAGCUCUACCCUGAAUGUUGUGCUCGAUACCAUGGAGGUGUAGUCGAGCCUGACGCAGCGACCCUGAUGAAAGCUCGCUUUACUGCUUAUUCUCUAGGAGUAGUUCCUUACGUCGUUAAGACAACGCAUCCAAAGAAUCCCGACUUCGAAGGCGUUCAGGAUUUUGCAGCCGACGUGAAAGCGACCUGUGAAAGACUGAGGUUUCUGAAAUUGGAAAUUCUAGAGUCCCAGGAAGUUUCAGAGACUGAGGCGAAUGUGUCAUUCAUAGUUACAUACUCAAUUUUGAAAGGUGGUAGAGGCGAGAGGAAGUAUCUGAAAGAGAAGAGCGUAUUUGUCAAGGAAGAUGGUCGAUGGCUUUAUCGAGACAGAGAAGCUUUAAGUCAAGCAUCGGAAGCUGAAUGGAUGGCGUCGACCUUUUCCAAUGCCGCUGACCCUGAGAAUUCCCGGAAGACCUUCAACAAGGGAACCGCUUCAAAGCCGGGUGUUACGGGCUAUAACCCUGCUGUGGAAGCUAGGACUCCAAGGAUUCCUUUGAAGUCUCGAACGGGUGGGAAGUGAGACCAAUAAUCAAAGACUUUGGAACUCCAAAGUACGAGCAUACCUGCAGGAAAGGGUUUGAACCAUCUAAGCUAUUCAGCAUCUGCAGAAUUCAGAGGAUUCGGACAGGAUCCUCUUUGUAGAUUAAGUUAAUGGAUUUAAGGUUUUCUGUAUCACACACUUUUUAAGAAUAUGAGACCAGUUUCGGGAGCUUCUAAAUUUGAAUUUAUGCUCAAUGCAGCUGGCUCGUUCUUCCCUGCGAAGUUCAUUCCAAACUUAACACGUGGAUCGAAUUUCAUGUUCAGUCUUGCGACAUUCUAGCUAUGGCUAAGAAAGUUUUAAUGGACAUAUUUCCGA